AUCAAAUCUUUGAUGAAAUAGAAAACCCUAAACGAACCAAGAUCUGUAAUAAACAAAUCCCUCGAGGACCAAUCCCCGCCGUCAACUGCUCCAUCCGACGCCCCACAUCUCCCCAGCGCUCGUGCUUCUCACUCCCCGUUUCCUCUUCACUUCACUGUUCCCCUCUUUCCCUCUCUUCCUCCACUCUCUCUCUCUCUCUCUCACACUCUCUAAAAAUAGCAAAACCAUCGCCGAUCAUCGUCACUGCUAAAACUAACAAAGAUUGUCCAUUCCCAACCUGAUCUCUGUAUCUAUCAGGAAACUCAAAUUCACUGAAUCGAAGCUUCGACUUAUAGCUUCAGAUUCACUGUCUUGAUGACGCCAUUACCUCCUGCGAACCUCUAAAACUAUAAAGAUUGAGUCUUUGAUUCCCUUUUCGACCUCUUCGACCAAUCCGUCGUCAAAUGGAGCUCACUGUUGAUCUGUUUUGUUAAUAUUUUACUGAGUUUGUGUAGUGUUUAUGUACGAGUCAGUAUUUAUAGCUUUAGAUUCACUGUUCUAAUGGUGCCAUUAUCUUACUCGAACCUCUAAAACGAAGAAAGAUUGAGUCUUUGAUGUUUUUUUUAACCUCUCAGAGCAAUCGAUUGUUAAAUUGAGCUCAAAAUCUGUGUUUGUUUGUUUAUGUUUUUUUUUUGGAUAUUCUACGUACGAGUCAUGAUAUCUGAGCGUUAUUCGAAGCUCCAAAGCAAAAAAAGAUUCAGUCUUUGAUUGUUUUUUUUUUUUGACAUCUUCAGCAAUCUGCUGUCAAGUCGAGCUUAAAGUCAGUUUUUUUUUGGGGGGGUUUUUUUUUAUAUAGUAAGUUUGUGUGUGUUUAUGACUGAUGAUUACUGAGAGUUAUUCGAAGAUGAUGACUGACGUGGGAAUGCGAUCGAUCGAUUACGGCGAGGAGUUAGGGUUUCGGGAGAGAGAGCUGAGCAUGUACCGUAGUGGUUCAGCUCCUCCGACCGUCGAAGGAUCGUUGAACGCCAUGGGAGGCUUGUUCGGGGGCCCCGGCGGCGGUUUUAUGGAGGAGGAGAUGAGGUCUGAUCCGGCGUACAUUUCGUAUUACUACUCGAACGUGAAUCUGAACCCUCGGCUUCCACCGCCGGUGCUGUCGAAGGAGGACUGGAGGUUUGCGCAGCGGCUGCAAGGCUCCGGUGGCGGUAGUAUUGGAGAUAGGAGGAAGGUGAUGGAUGGAAUCGAGUCGAGGAUGCCGCAGGGUGCGGCGGAGUGGGGCGGGGAUGGACUCAUUGGAUUGUCGGGGUUAGGGCUGGGGAGUAGAAAGAAGAGCAUUGCUGAGAUCAUUCAGGAUGAUAUAAGCCAUGCAACAUCUGUUCCUAGGCACCCUUCUCGUCCUGCUAGCCGUAAUGCAUUUGACAAUGGUGUGGAAUCUACUGAAUUGCAUUUUGGUAAUCUGCAUCAUCAAAUGAGUUCAAUGGAUGCUUUAAGGUCUGGUGCGAAUAACAAAGGCAUGUCUGCGGUUCAGAACAGCAGUACAUCUGCAUCUCAAACUUAUGCUUCUGCUUUGGGUGCAUCCUUGUCAAGAAGCACUACUCCUGAUCCUCAACUGUUAGCCAGGGCUCCGAGUCCUCGCAUUCCACCAGUUGGAGGGAGAGUAAGCUCUAUGGAUAAAAGAAAUGUCAUUAAUGGUUCAAACUCAUUCAAUGGUGUAUCGCCUGGUAUGAGUGAGCAUUCAGAUUUAGUAGCUGCUUUGUCGGGCAUGACUCUAUUGACAAAUGGAGUGGCAGGCGAAGAGAACCAUCCCCUGUCUGUAAUGCAACAAGAGAUUGAUGAUAAUCGCAAUGUUUUCCAUAGGCAAACUGAUCAAAACCAUAUUAAACAACACCCUCACCUAAAUAGAACUGAGUCCGGGCAAUUCCGUUCGUAUACCAAUGUGGGUAAAAGUGGCGGUGUUGGAAUAGAUCUAAACAACUCUUCCUUGAUUGCUGAUGGACAUGUUGAAUUUCACAAACCUGCUGUGUCAUUGGCAAACUCGUACAUAAAAGGGCCUUCUACCCCAAUUCUCAAUGGCGGAGGAAGUUCGCCAUCUAAUUAUCACAAUUUUGAAAGUCCGAAUUCAUCGUUUUCAAACUACGGCCUUGCUGGGUAUGCUGUCAAUCCUGCAUCACCAUCUAUGAUGGGAAAUCAGACUGCUAAUUUGCCACCUUUGUUUGAAAAUGUUCUUACUGCAUCAGGAAUGGGUGUCUCUGGCUUGGAUUCUAGAGCUUUGGGUGGAGGUUUGAAUUUAGGGCCCAAUUUAAUGGCUGCAGCAGCAGAACUACAAAAUCUUAGUAGAGCUGGAAAUCACAGUGCAAGUAAUAAUUUUCAGAUGCCCCUCAUGGAUCCCCUAUACCUGCAUUAUCUGAGAACAUCUGAGUAUGCGGCUGCACAAGCAGCAGCCCUCAACGAUCCAACAAUCGAUAGGGAUGGAAUGGGAAAUGCUUACAUGGAUCUGAUUGAACUUCAAAAAGCUUACUUGGGUUCGCUGCUUACACCUCAAAAAUCACAGUAUGGUCUUCCAUAUGGUAGUUUAAAUCAGAAUUACUAUGGGAACCCUGCAUUUGGUCUUGGUAUGUCUUAUCCUAGUAGCCCGUUGGCGGGUACCCUUCUUCCAAACUCCCCUUUUGGAUCAGGCAGUCCAGUCAGGCAUGGCGAGCGGGGCAUGCGUUUCCCUUCUGACCAUUUUGCGUCCUCAUUACUAGAUGGACACUUUGCAUCCUCAUUACUAGAUGAGUUUAAGAGCAAUAAAACAAAGUUUUUUGAGCUUUCAGAGAUUUCUGGUCACGUCGUUGAGUUCAGUGCUGAUCAGUAUGGGAGUCGGUUUAUUCAACAGAAGCUUGAAACUGCCACAUCAGAGGAGAAAAACAUGGUCUUCCAUGAAAUUAUGCCUCAAGCUCUUUCACUAAUGACUGAUGUAUUUGGUAACUAUGUGGUCCAGAAGUUUUUUGAACAUGGAACUGCAACUCAGAUCAGAGAACUGGCUGACCAACUAACUGGACAUGUCCUCACUCUCAGCCUUCAGAUGUAUGGUUGCCGAGUGAUCCAGAAGGCCAUAGAAGUUGUCGAUCUGGACCAGAAGACCACAAUGGUUGCAGAGCUUGAUGGUAAUGUCAUGCGUUGCGUACGUGAUCAGAAUGGGAAUCAUGUCAUCCAGAAGUGUAUUGAAUGCAUACCUCAAGAAGCUAUCCAAUUCAUUAUCUCAGUAUUUUACGAUCAAGUAGUGACAUUGUCCACCCAUCCAUAUGGUUGCCGUGUCAUACAGAGAGUCCUGGAGCAUUGUAGUGACCCAAAAACCCAGCGUAUAGUGAUGGAUGAGGUUUUGCAGUCUGUUUGCAUGUUGGCACAAGAUCAAUAUGGGAAUUACGUUGUUCAGCAUGUACUGGAGCAUGGAAAGCCUCAUGAACGGUCUUGUAUAAUAAAUAAGCUAAUAGGGCAGAUAGUUCAGAUGAGCCAGCAGAAGUUUGCUUCCAAUGUUGUGGAGAAGUGUUUAGCUUUUGGAAAUCCUGAAGAACGCAAUAUCCUAGUGAAUGAGAUGCUGGGCUCAACCGAUGAAAAUGAGCCUCUUCAGGUCAUGAUGAAAGAUCAGUUUGCCAACUACGUUGUACAGAAAUUGCUGGAGACGUGUGAUGACCAUCAACUUGAACUCAUUCUGAACCGAAUAAAGGUUCAUCUGAAUGCUCUGAAGAAGUACACUUACGGGAAGCACAUAGUUGCACGUGUGGAGAAACUUGUUGCGGCUGGGGAAAGGAGGAUUGGCUUGUUAUCUUCAUAUUCUGCUCAGAUGGCAUAUGAAACUAGUUGUACAUCUAUCUGAGGCUAGUAUAAAUCUUCCUCCUCUUUCAUCCUUCCUUUUCUUGUCUAGCUGUGGCUCUUUCUGUUGAUUCAGAUCGAUGAGAGCUGAUCUAUAAUAAAAUUAUAUGCUGGUUGUACUUUAAAAAAAGUUGUACAUUGUUUAGUUAAGGAUAUACCUAGAAUCAGGCUAGCUGAGGCUCGGUUAACUUACCUGAUGCCCUUUGCAGAGGAAAUAUGAGUAAUGUACAAGUUUGAGGCUGUAAAAAAGGAAGGAAAUGUAGUGAUAUCGUGACUGUACAAAAAUAUUUUGGCGUGCAGAGCUUUUGGUCUGUAGUGCCCAGAAUUUUACUGAUGAUUUUCUUUUUUGUUUGAGAACA